AUGUCAGCUUCAACAGAACCACCCGUAUACACGCUCGCAGAAGGUCAGCCGGUGCAAGAUCCGACUUCGUCGGUCAUUCUUCGUGGGCCACAUGUUCGCGGCGGUGGACUCGGAUUGUUAGAGGACACACAACUCAUCGAGACAUUGGCACAUUUCCCGCGGGAGAGGAUCCCAGAGCGAGUUGUUCACGCGAAAGCAGCUGGUGCAUGGGGUGAAUUCGAGUGCACGCAUGACAUAACCGACUGGUGUUCGGCCGCCUUGUUCAAGGAGGUCGGCAAAAAGACAGAGGUCCUUGCUCGUCUCUCCACGGUUGCGGGAGAAAAGGGCUCAGCGGACACUGUCCGUGACAUCCGAGGCUUCGCGCUCAAGUUUAAAACCGAAGAAGGCAACUGGGAUUUUGUCGGCAACGACCUCCCCGUCUUCUUUAUCCGCGAUCCGGUCAAAUUUCCCUCGCUCAACAGGUCUCACAAGCGUCACCCGCAGACUGCUGUUGCGGACGGAAGCAUGUUCUGGGACUUCCACAACAACAACCAAGAGGGCGCCCAUGCCUUGAUGCAGUUGUUUGGAGGUCGCGGGAUCCCUGCGUCUCUCCGUAACGUGAACGGCUUCGGAAACCACACGUACAAGUUUGGCAAGCCGGAAGACGGGACGUAUAAGUACGUCAAGAUCCACUUCAAGCCCGACGAUGGCAUCAAGACUCUGUCAGAGGAAGAUGCCGCCAAGCUGGCUGGCGAGGCUCCCGACUACCACGUCAAGGACAUGUACAAUGCCAUCGAGCGGGGUGACUAUCCCACUUGGACGAUGAUGCUUCAGGUUAUGGACCCCAAGGAGGCCGAGAACUACAGGUGGAAUAUCUUCGACAUUACCAAGAUCUGGCCUCACAAGGACUAUCCUUUGAUCCCCGUCGGCAAGCUCACCUUGAACAAGAACCCAGAGAACCAUUUCCAGGAUAUUGAACAGGCCGCAUUCUCCCCAUCGACAUUGAUCCCUGGUAUUGCUCCGUCAGCGGAUAUCAUGUUGCAUGCUCGCAUGUUUAGCUACCCCGAUGCCGCCAGGUACCGCGUUGGAGCGAACUAUCAGCAGCUGCCGUGUAACCGGGCGCUCAAUGUCUACUCUCCGUACCAAAGAGAUGGCCCGAUGCGCGUCGAUGGCAAUUACGGAUCCGACCCUGAUUAUGGUAAGCUAUCAAAACGUGACUCCGCAUCUGAAAAGACAACUUUAACUAACACAUGGACAGUUCGAUCGUCAUUCCGCAAGAUCAAGAGCGGUCCAGCAGAUGUUGCCCACGAGGAGUGGGUGGGUAAAGUUCAAGCCUACUCCUCCGAUGUUACCGAAGAGGAUUGGGAGCAGCCGCGAACGCUCUGGAAGAUGUUCAAGGAGCAAGGCGAGGACAAAGUGUUCAUCCACAACCUGUCUAUGCACAUUAACAAGGCGCUACCAGAAGUCCAAAAAGCGGCCGUCAAAUCAUGGGCCAAUGUGGAUGAUGAGGUUAGCAAGAGGCUUGAAGAAGCUUUGAGCAAGUUGGGAGAGAACACUGAUCACAAGAAGGCGCCGCCUAGUCAAGCUGCCCUAUUGACGCACAGAAAGUAG